UGCAGUUUACCGCGAGUGCCUAAGCAGCUACAAGGAGACGGAUAAUAAAAAGGAAAUCUCCAACGAUCCCAGAAUUCAGAAAUCAGAUCAUCAAAUUCCGCUUUCUUUCUUUCUUUCUUUCUUUCUCACGCUCUCCAUCUCUAUCUGUGAUUCGAUCAGUUCGAUCGUUGCAGUGUCUGGAGAUGCGGUUCUUGAGGAAGAUUGCAGGAUUUCUAGGGUUUUCCAAGGAUGAUGCUCACGACGUCAAGCACGAAGACGAAGAAGUUGAGUCCGGUAAUCAGGCUCCCAAACGUGUCCAUAUGCAGGAAACUGGUCCUCGGAGGGGUUUCAGCGUCCCUGUCCAGGUCGCUGUCAAUGUUCCUCAACCCGGCCCUAUUCUUGUUCCUUCUAGUUCAGGCGAUGGUGGAGUUCAGGGUUUGACGUGGUAUGCCAAACGUCUUCGGGUUGAUGAAGAUGGAGAUGUAGCUGAACAGUUCCUCGACGAGGUCUUACCUGAGAUGCCNAGUUUGCUCUCGUAG